AUGAUCAAUGUCGACAGUGAACUUCGAUUGAGUUUAUUAUUAAAGCUGGCAAAAAGGUGUGGAAUAGCUCAAGUUCUUAAUGAAAAGGCCGCUUUUGAUGAGAAUACUCGUUUCAUAUACUAUUCUUCUACAAAUGUAGCAAUAACGUUUCACAAAAGCUAUUUGCGACGAAAAGAAGCACUGCCUGAUGCUCCAUCAUCUGCUACUCAUGUUCUUAACACGGUGAACAUGGGAAUUGUUUUUAUGGCUGUUUUAAGAUUACCGACAGAAGCUGUUACUGUUCGUGAAAUAGAUUUUCUUCUGGAAACAAUUCGUGCUGCAUUAUCAAGAACUGAACAGAAGAAAUUUCGCCUAAUCAGCGAACAAAAGAAAUUAUUGGAUAAAAUUCUGCAGACGAAAGUUUAUUCCAACUUACGGCAGCUCGCCGAUGUUUGCAAUAUCUCGAAAAUUUUUGAGGUAAUUGAACAAGUGCGAAUGGAUAGGCUUCAUUACAUUCCAGUAGCUUUUUCUUUGGUACCGGUGAGAAACUUUUGUAAGCCAAAUUACCAAAAACCUAUCGUAUACUCUCCCUUAUCUCACGAAUUAAGUGAAACAAUCGAAGAAAACCUAAUAUUCAUUCGAAAUUCUUUAACGCAAUUUACGACACGCCUGGAUCACGAAACAACUAAAUUGCUGGUCGGACAUCUAUCAGAUCAAUUAAAUCAACUGCGUGAACAACACUCACAGUUAGCGGCUAGUUUUACAAAAACUUUUUCGAAAAUUUCAAAUUCGCUGGUCAAAAUCCGUUGUAGAAAAUCGAAUGAUGCUUUUGACAAUAUGUUACUGCCGAUAAAAACCGAACUUCAGGCAGUGAUUGCGGCUGUGAAGUCUUUAGAAAACAAGGGACGAUGGAUUACACAAUUACGGCAACAAAAUAUUGAAUAUAUCAACUUUGAGGAAAGUUCCUACAAGAAGUGUAAAACCGUCGAAGACAUCCAACAAAUGUUACUCUCGGAAAGUAUGAAUAAUCGAGCACUUUGUACGAAUGAUAAUUUGAAUACGAACCAAAGGCCAAGAUUCGAAAAAUUAUAUCAAUUAUUGCGGGACAACUACCAAAAGAAUACUUCUUUACGUCUGCAUUACAUCGAUUUCUCCUAUUCGAAAUUUCCCUUAUCAAAUAUAGUAAUAUUGCCGAACGAAGAAGUUUCUGAUCACAUCAAUCAUACGCGUUCAUCGAAAGCCUUGGCAUUGAAAAAAUCUGAUGACCAUGCAAAACGCAGUACUAUGUCACCUACAGCGGACACAACUAAUUUAUCUGAAACUGAUUCGAAACCAUCAAGUUCUCUGCAUACUUUACAAGCAACAAUACCAGAAGUAACAGUUCACCCUAAAAAUACACUCGAAGAACGGACUCCCUCAAUAGUACAACCAUCCGAGCCCGUAACGAUUCUUCUGCUGGGAGAAAGUGGAGUCGGAAAAUCAACAUUUAUCAAUGCUAUAGCAAAUUAUUUAACAUUCGAUUCAUUUCAAGAAGCUGAAAGUAGUGAGCCUGUUGUACUCAUUCCGGUUUCAUUCGUUAUUACUGUGGGUGAUAAUUUCGAAGAGCACAUUAUCAAAUUUGGUGAAAUAGACUAUUUGAAUAACGAAGAUUUCGAUCAUCCUGGUCAAUCUGUUACUCAACAUUGUAAAUCCUAUCUAUUCAAUCUUAAACAUAAGCAUGGAAAACAAUUGCGCAUCAUUGAUACACCCGGCUUAGGUGAUACACGGGGUUUGGAUCAGGAUGAACGAAAUAUGGAACAUAUUUUACAAUAUGUCAAUAAUCUGACACAUAUCAAUGCAAUUUGUUUCCUACUGAAGCCAAACACAUCACGUCUCCAUAUUGUUCUUCGUACAUGUUUCCAGGAAUUAUUUGCGUUUCUGCAUCCAUCCGCCCGUCAGAACCUAAUAUUUUGUUUUACGAAUGCUCGAUCGACUUUCUAUACACCUGGAGACACAGCUCCGAUAUUGAAAGCAAUGCUUCAAUCACUUUCAAUUGAGAAUAUUGUUUUCAACAGAGCUAAUACGUUCUGUUUUGACAAUGAAGCAUUUCGAUUUCUCGUGGCAUUGCAGAAUGAUAUUUCCUUUGAUGAAGAGAAUAAACGCGAAUAUGAAAUGAGUUGGUCAAAAUCAGUAGUGGAAUCGGCGAAGUUAAUCAAGUAUAUUGACGAAGAAUUAACUGUCUAUCGUAUAAACAAUAGCUGGACAUCGAUCAGACAAGCCCAAUUUGAAAUACUCUAUAUGGUUCGUCCAAUAUUGGAAACAAUGCGAAAUAUUCUGCGCAACAUAAUCUUAUUCGAAAAGAAUAUAUUGAAUGAAUCAGUAGAACUGCAUGUAAGAAGUUUAUCUCAUGUAACUACGAGAUGUUUGUCAUGCCAAUGUAAUCCGACGUUAGUUGGCCAUUUCUGGGUCAUACUAACCAAUGUUCAUGACAUUCAAACACGGUGCCUUAAAUGCGAAUGCUCGGUCGAACAACAUGUUCAAGUUGACUACAUCAUCGAGUAUCAAUGCCAGCAACCUACUUCACAAAUUCGCAAUCAUUAUACUCGCGAGGUAUUAAAUCAGUUACUCAUCGGCAAUAUUAGUCUUGGUCAAUUUCUCGCCAACAACGGUCAUUUCACAAAAGCUGAUCCGUUUCUGAAUGUUCUGACGAGCAUGAUUAAUGAGGAAAAGUACAUUUGUAGAACCGAGCCGACGCACUCUUUCAAUUCAGAACUUCUCAACGAGCUGCUUAUUCUUGAAGACCGUUAUCGAAAAUCCUUUAUUGAAAUGAAGUCGGAAUUUACGAAUCUUGAUCUAUCUAAAGUAUAUAAAGUCAUUGACGUCAUUAGCCAGUAUCCUAUGAUACAGAAACAAAUGAAAGCUGUCAAGCAAACUCAACAGAAAAUAAUGGAACAGUAUGAAUACGAUGUGAAUAAAAUAUAG